UGCUAUGCACUUAACUAUCCCCUCCUUACUACCCGAGUGCGAUGUCUAGAAAAAACCCGUUCAAAUCCUUCUCCAAAGGAAGUCGUUCCGCUCCCGGCUCAUCCUCACAACCGCCGCUCCCCUCGACCUCCUCCGAGUCACCUCGUGUUCCCCCGAUCAAUCUCCAGGUACCCCGAGAUCACGACAACACCCACAGCGAUCGACAUGGGUUGCCGACAGAGUUUUAUCCUGGGCUCAUAGUGACCAGCCAGGCCAUGCCUUCUAUGAACAGAAAUUCGAAGAAAUCGGAAUCUCUUAUGCGUCGUGUAUUCGGGAGGGCCCGUAGGAAAUUGAGUCCUAACCGCAGCAGGCCUGGUACCUCCAAUCUCGUUGAACAAUCCAGGCCAGACACGCCCUUCCAGCUGUCCGCCAAUGAUGCAGUACUUCCUUCAUUUCCCCCCGCCCGUGGGGAAAAGAUCGAUAAUCUUCAUGAAACAUCUGGCUCGUAUGCCACACAUGACAAUGGCCUGAGCGUUCAUGCACAAUUGGAACGCGAGGGCAUUAACGUGCCUCCCUUAUCGGAACACGCGAUCGCACGAUCGGCCAGCUCAGGCAGUGAUCGGCAGGAUGUAAUCAUCGGCGCUAUUAGACUCAUUCUCCAAAAUGCGACCUCCGCCCUUAAGUUUGCCCCGAUUCCGAAUCUUGACGCAAUCCCAGACUUGCUUUUAAAGUGGCUCGACCUCUACGAGAUCGUCGGUGGAAAUGACAAAAGUCUCAAAGGCUUAGACAGUGACAUCCGAAAAGCCUAUGACACCAUUUUGCAGCCACUCGCGCUGUCGACUGACCGUAUACCCGAUGAAGUGAUUUUUUUCAUCAAGGGGUUUCACUCGUACGUCCAUGUGCCUCCCUUGCCACGCAUUUGAUUCGAUAAUCCUGCUGACAGGGCCCUAGAAGAACAAAUAAAAGAGGUCAGCACACUCAACAAUCGAGGUCCCGUGAAGAGGACGAUCUUAGCAACCGAAAUCGCCCCGAGGAUAAGCGAUGUGAAGGCAUGUAUAAAUGAUGCCAUUAACAACUUCUCGACUCAGGCAACUACUUUAACGCUGCUUCGUACAAUC